AUGGAGCAGAAUGAAGUGCCGAAUCAGCUACAAUUCACAGCAAAGGACAGGGCCGGUACUAUCACCCAUUUUACAGCCCUCCAGGGGACCCCUCUGUCAGCCACCCUCUCCCUGGUGAUGUCCCAGUGCUGCCGGAAGAUCAAAGACACCGUGCAGAAACUGGCUUCGGACCAUAAGGACAUUCACAGCAGCGUCUCCCGAGUGGGCAAAGCCAUCGACAGGAACUUUGACUCUGAGAUUUGCGGCGUCGUCUCCGAUGCGGUGUGGGACUCUCGGGAGAAGCAGCAGCAGGUCCUGCAGAUGGCCAUUGUGGAGCACCUGUACCAGCAGGGUAUGCUGAGCGUUGCCGAGGAGCUGUGCCAGGAGUCAACACUGAACGUGGACUUGGACUUUAAGCAGCCUUUCCUCGAGUUGAAUCGAAUCCUGGAAGCUCUGCACGAACAAGACCUAGGGCCGGCAUUGGAAUGGGCUGUCUCCCACAGGCAGCGCCUGCUCGAGCUCAACAGCUCCCUGGAGUUCAAGCUGCACCGCCUACACUUCAUCCGCCUCCUGGCAGGCGGCCCUGAGAAGCAGCUGGAGGCCCUCAGCUAUGCCCGGCACUUUCAGCCGUUUGCACGGCUGCACCAGCGAGAGAUCCAGGUGAUGAUGGGCAGCCUGGUGUACCUGCGGCUGGGCUUGGAGAAGUCCCCUUACUGCCACCUCCUGGACAACAGCCACUGGGCAGAGAUCUGCGAGACCUUUACCCGGGAUGCUUGUUCCCUGCUGGGGCUCUCGGUGGAGUCGCCCCUCAGUGUCAGGUACGGGGCAGCCCUGUGGGGGCAGCACAAGUGGGAGGGUCUCAGGGGAAACAAUUGGUGGAGGCCAUUCCAUGUGCCAGGGGUGGUCCUUGGUUCUUUCAGACCUAAACUGGCUCUCUUAGUCAUGCUUCCUGGGAGGAAUUAUCUGAUUUUACGGUUGGAGAAACUGAGGUUAGGAAGAGUUGUGGCCUGCCGUCACUGCAAGGUCAGUGGCGGGGUCAAGGUGAAGUGA